UCUCUGUGUCAGCAUCGAUCUUGUAUCUGAAAAUGGCACUCACAAAUUCCUUUUUUGCAGUCUUCAUGCUUCUUUUUUCAACAAUGGUUAUUGUCUCAGCUGAUGGUGGCUAUGAUACCGCUCCCGCAACUGAAAAACCGGGACCAGCAGAAACCGAAAACUCAUUAUCCACAACCUUAGGAAUUCAAGGGACGAUAUAUUGCAAAUCAGGCUCAGAAUUCACCCCACUUGAAGGAGCUGUGGCAAGGAUAACAUGCCUAUCAGUGGAUAAGCGCGGCAACGAAAUAGCACCUUUCUCAAUCUUGAGUGAUGCAACUGAUAAUAAAGGCUACUACUUGGCGACGUUGUCCCCUUCUGAGAUGAAACAUAACUGGAGGCUUAAAGAGUGCAAGGCUUUUCUUGAGCUCUCUCCAUCUGAGACUUGCAACGUUCCCACUGACAUUAACAAUGGGACAAGUGGUUAUGUUCUUGCUAAGCAUCGCCCCAUCAAAAACAAGAAUAUGAUAAUGUUCUCCGUUUGGCCCUUCUAUUUCCAAGAAGAUAAAACAAGCUCCAAUGGUUAUUAACUUAAUUCAUUGAUGAACGGACAAUAAAUUAUGUUGUUCAUUGUUUGAUUUUACUGGCCAUUUUGCUUUGAAGAAAUGUAAUGAGCAAGACAUUAAUUUUGGAAAGGAACCUAAUUUGUCCACCUACCUCCUUUAAACUUGUUUGCUUAAUUAUAGGACUUUGGUAAGA